AGCAGGAACCCGGCUGGAUUUCUAGAUUCAAGAGUGAGUUUGUGACCCCAGCAGUCAGUAAAAGUAUCUUUUCACGUGUAAACUGAGCAGGAUUGAUCUGGGAGUGAUUGAGGCACAAUAAAUAGAUGACCUCAUGGUGUCAUUUUACAGGAAAUUGAGCAAAAUUCCUGCACAUGGCAAAAUCCUUUAACUGCACAGACUGGCAGCAUGCACGCCUCUCAGUUCAACACAGCUGUCCUGCAUGGGUGUGAUCAGGUAUAAAGAGAAAUACUGAGCCCAAGCCAAUGCUGAGCAUCAAUCUGCAGCCAGAGGCACAACCCAGGUCUACAGAACCCAGCCCAGACCAUCUGCAGCCACCAUGGGCCGGCCGUUUGUUUGGGUUGGUUUAGCUGUCUUGCUGUUUCUCCAGUGCAGCUCUGCUUGCAAACUGGUCUGUUACUUUACCAACUGGUCCCAGUACAGACCAGCCCAGGGGCGCUUCCUUCCUGAGGACAUUGACCCCAACCUGUGCACUCAUCUUAUAUAUGCCUUUGCUGGCAUGAACGACAACCGGAUCACCACUGUGGAGUGGAACGAUGAGCAGCAUUACAAGACUUUCAAUGGACUCAAAAGCAAGAAUCCUGGGCUGAAGACCCUCUUGGCCGUUGGUGGUUGGAAUUUUGGCUCUGAAAAGUUCUCCAGCAUGGUGUCCACGCCUGGUAAUCGGCGGACAUUCAUCCUCUCUGUGGUUGAGUUCCUGCGCAAGUAUGAAUUUGAUGGUCUGGACCUAGACUGGGAAUAUCCAGGUGCAAGGGGAAGCCCACCUGAGGAUAAACAGCGUUUCACUGCUCUGGUCCAGGAAAUGGCUGAAGAAUUCAAGGAGGAAGCCAAGAGGACAGGGAAAGAGCGGCUGCUGUUGACUGCUGCUGUGGCAGCUGGGAAGGAAAACAUCGAUGGAGCCUAUGAAAUCGAGAACAUCUCAAAGGCCUUAGACUUCAUUAACCUCAUGACGUAUGACUUCCACGGUUCCUGGGAAAAGAUCACAGGACACGUCAGUCCUCUCUACAAAGGGAAGACCGACACUGGAUCUGCUGUGUACAGUAACACUGACUAUGCUGUGACGUACUGGAGGAACAAAGGUGCUCCAGCUGAGAAGAUCAUCAUGGGAAUCCCCACCUAUGGACGGUCUUUCACCCUCUCUUCCUCCGAGACAGGGGUUGGUGCUCCUGCCUUUGGGCCUGGAUCACUCGGCCCUUUCACUCGAGAGGCAGGAUUCUGGGCCUACUAUGAGAUCUGUACUUUCCAGAAAGGUGCCACCACCAAAAGGAUCGAGGAACAGAAAGUCCCGUAUUCCUUCAAGGAGAACCAGUGGGUGGGGUAUGAUGACCAGCAGAGCAUUAAAACCAAAGUUCAGUAUCUGAAGAAGAAAAGUCUGGGAGGGGCCAUGGUCUGGGCCAUCGACCUGGAUGAUUUCAGCGACUCGUUCUGCGGCCAGGGGGCGUACCCUCUUCUGCAAACUCUGAAGAAAGAACUGAGAUGCGGGCUGGUUCAGACGACGCCUGUUCCAGAAACCACCACCACCACCACCAGCUCCACUACAUCACCGCCAACUGUUUCAUCCUCAACCCUCAGCUUCACUACACUACCGUCCAUCCCCGCCACAACUACCAACUCCACGACCAGCAGGUUUUGCCUCCAUAAGGCCAAUGGGAUCUACCCUGUCCCCGAGGCCCACGCCAUGUUCUACAUAUGUGCCAACAGGCGCACCUUCCGAAUGUCCUGCCCGGAAGGAUUGAUUUUUGAUUACUUAUGCAAAUGUUGCAACUGGCCGUAAAAGCAAAAAGCCUCAAAUUACCUUAAUGGAGAAUGAAAUAAGAGAUCGAUUUAUAUCAGCUCAGAUAAUUUAGUUUCCUCUGCCAUCAAAUCCGAGCUUAGGAGAUGGUCUAUAUUGCAAGUGUCCCCAGCAACCUUCUUCUCUGUCCUGGGUGAGUUACUUUCAGGGGCAACUACCAUCGCAGUAAUACAGGUCAGAGUUAGGGAGGAGAGUGAACAAAAGCAAAAUAUUGGCACUGACAAGCAGGGAUGAUGGAUUUUUCAUUUUGCAUUGGUCUCUUUUAGAGUCUGGCUUCAUCCUCUGUCUUUAUUUCAUGUUUGUUUGCUCCAAGAAAAUAAAGCUUUCAUUU